CCCUGUAUGGAAGGGCCUUUUAGGACCUGUAAAUUGUCUUGUUAAGACAGUGGAUAUUUCAAAGAGGAAGUAGAAACCCUUUCUGGCAAACUACAAACCACAACGACAGAUUGCCAUCUUCAGUUGAUUUGAAAUUUUUCUGUUACUCAUCCCCUUUGCUUUUUUCUGCUGGAGUUUUAUUUGAGGUUGACGAGCUUUUCAUUUGAAAAAAGAAGCUUGCUGGUCGAGAUUUGUCCCAGUGUAUUUAUAGUUUAAACUUAAGUUUGUAAGAUAACUCGCAUCAAGAAUCCUUAUUUAUCAGUACAGAAUUCCUUUUUUUUGUGGUCUUCGCCUCGGGGAGGAAUGUCUGAAAGCAAUAGCAGCAGCAAAGCAGUGAAAUUCAUUGCUCCGGCCCCCCCUCCUCCCUCUGCCUCCCUCCAUCCCUCACCUCAGACCCCCCACAAGAAUGUGAACGGCUCUGCCAGUUCAGACACGCACGUGGUGGAGAAGCUCGAUGGACACCCGGAGGUCCAACGUCGACGCCACACGAUGGAUAGAGACUCCAAAACAGCCGAGCACCGCUUCUUCCGUCGAAGCGUCAUUUGUGACUCCAAUGUCACGGCUUUGGACCUGCCCAGCAAAGCAGCUGUGAUACUCACCUCGCCUCCUGACUGCGAAGGGUCUUCCACCUUGUUCCCUCCGCAGCCCUCGGGGCCUGGACCUGGGGUACGAGACGCUGACAGUCAGGAUGCACUAAGAGAUCCCUAUUUGCAAAGUACGACCCCGCAGCCUGUUCUUGGGCUUGGUGGGGCAGUGGCAGAGGGGCAAAUACAAAAUGCUGAGGAAGAUUUAAGUGCAGGCAGUGUCACAGUUGGUGUACCCACCAUUAGCAGUGUUGAACAUAGUGGAGACGGGGCGGUAAAAGAGCCCAGCCCGACAGUAUUGGAUGUUACCAACAAAACAGUAGAAAAACCGCCUGAUGUCACGUUGCGUCCCAGAGGGUCGGAGGUUACGCAAGAGGCGGCAAAAGACAGAAAAGCGACAGAACAGGUGGAUGAGGGUAGAAUUAGUAGUCCGACCGAGGAGAAGGAGAGGGAGAACGAGUUAGCGAAAGCACGGGCGGAGCAGCGAGAGGCCGAGAAACGAGUGCAAGAGGAUAUAGAGGAGGUGGAGACGAAAGCUGUUGGGACUUCACCCGACGGACGCUUCCUGAAAUUUGACAUCGAGAUUGGAAGAGGGUCCUUCAAGACCGUGUACAAGGGACUGGAUACAGAGACUACUGUGGAAGUGGCGUGGUGUGAGCUACAGGAUCGCAAGCUGUCCAAGUCGGAACGCCAGCGCUUCAAAGAAGAGGCCGGGAUGUUGAAGGGUCUCCAGCAUCCUAACAUUGUCCGCUUCUAUGACUCCUGGGAGGGACCAUGUAAAGGAAAGAAAUGUAUUGUUCUGGUCACCGAGCUCAUGACAUCUGGCACGCUUAAAACCUACCUGAAGCGUUUCAAGGUGAUGAAAAUCAAAGUGCUGCGUUCAUGGUGCAGACAGAUCCUUAAAGGCCUUCACUUCCUACACACCAGAGCUCCACCCAUCAUUCACAGAGACCUGAAAUGUGACAACAUCUUUAUCACUGGGCCAACGGGGUCGGUCAAGAUAGGAGACCUGGGGUUAGCCACACUGAAGAGGGCCUCCUUCGCCAAGAGUGUCAUAGGCACCCCAGAGUUUAUGGCCCCAGAGAUGUACGAGGAGAAGUAUGAUGAAUCUGUAGACGUCUACGCCUUCGGGAUGUGUAUGCUGGAGAUGGCUACCUCAGAGUACCCCUACUCUGAAUGUCAAAACGCUGCCCAGAUCUACAGACGAGUCACUAGCGGAGUGAAGCCUGGCAGUUUUGACAAGGUAGCCAUUCCUGAGGUGAAGGAAAUCAUAGAGGGCUGCAUCAGAACAAACAAAGAUGAGAGGUAUGCUAUAAAGAUCCUGCUGAACCAUGCUUUCUUCCAAGAGGACACGGGAGUCAGGGUUGAACUGGCAGAAGAGGAUGAUGGGGAAAUGAUUGCAAUCAAGCUCUGGCUCAGGAUAGAAGACGUCAAGAAGCUCAAAGGAAAAUACAAAGACAACGAAGCCAUCGAGUUCUCCUUUGACCUGAACAAGGAUGUCCCUGAAGAUGUGGCCCAGGAAAUGGUUGAGUCCGGCUAUGUUGCUGAGGGUGACCAUAAGACCAUGGCCAAGGCUAUCAAGGACCGUGUGUCUCUGAUCCGGAGGAAAAGAGAACAGAGACAGCUGGUACGAGAGGAGCAGGAGAAGAGAAAAUUGGAGGCAGAACAACUACAGCUGCAGCAGCAACAACAACAGCAGCAACAGCAGCAACAGCAGCAGCAGCAGCAACAGCAGCAGCAACAACAGCAGCAACAGCAGCAACAGCAGCAACAGCAGCAACAGCAGCAGCAACAGCAGCAACUGCAGCAGCAGCACCAGCAACAAGAACCACACAAACCUUCACACGCACAGGCAGAGGCAGAGGAGACUGAAGUAGAACAGCAACAGUUCCACUAUCAGCAGAGCGGCAUCUCGCACACAUCUGAAGGAGGCAUGGACAGCGGCCAGGGUUCCUCAGUUUUCUCCUCAGAUUCUCCCCACCUGGGUCAGCUGACCAUGUCAUACAGCUGCCCCCCCUCUUCCCAGCCCCCCUCCCAGCCCCAAACCCCUUACCCCUCCACCCCCUCUGCUACCCUGCAGCAGCACCAAGCCUACGCUCAGCCACCGCAGCCAAUGCCUGCGUCGCGCCUUCGUCGAAGUCGUAGCAUGUCUGUUUGCGUCCCCCCCUCCUCCUACUCCUUUUCCUAUGUUCCUCCGCCCCCGGCUGUUCGUCCAAAGCAGCCUUCCACCCCUCCUCCAGACCUGUCCUCCUCAUCUUCCUACACCACCACCUCCCCCUGCAUGCCUCUCACAGCUGAGAGGGACACAUUCGCUGGGCGCCUCUCCAAAGCCCUGGAGACAGUCCUACCCCUUCACUCUGCCUCCUCUCUGCCCGGGGCCAGGCAGCGGAGGGCCAGCCUACCGGCCCUGUUCUCCACCCCUCAGCAUUCAAUGCCGCACCCCUACAGUGGAGGAGCAAGCACAGGAGGAGGAGCAGGAGGGAGCAUCCCCCUCCAAACUCUCCCCGACCCCCCUUCUAUUUUCUUCCCCUCCAUCCCCGAACGCCCCAUUUCCUUCUCGCCUCCUCCCACUGGCCCUCCAAAGGCCUACAACACCCAGCGACGCAAGAGCACAUCCAUUCUCGAGGCACAUACCCGACACUUCCAACCUGCCUACACUCGGUAUGGGAGCAGCCUGCACCCCUUUUCUGGGAUGGAGACUGUUGACACCCCCUCUCUCUUUAUGGUCAAUCCUGGCUUUGCAGCAGCUGCUCAGAGACUUGGCGUAGGGGAACCUAUGCAUCUCCAAGGACAAUCUGAUGCAAGUUUGUAUGGCUAUAAAGACAUGAGGGCAGAACACGAGGAAGCAGUGAGGAGAUUAAGUCUAAAUCAAGCUGCCUUAUUGGACCAUUAUGAAGCAAUGGCGUAUGGAGGAUACCCAAUGACUGCACACCAGCUUGGUCACUUGAGUUUCCAUCAGCAGAGACAAGCUGCAGCUGCGGCUGCGAGUUUGGGCUUUGACCCUGGACCUCCACCUCAACCAGGAUUCUUGCACACACACCUCAUGCAAAGAAUGAGUGCACAUAGUCCGAUCCCUCCACCUUUACCUUCUAUGAAUGCAUCUACUGGUGGCUCUGUGUCUUCUUCAUCAUCUGAUGGAUGCUAUCCGCCACCACAGCAUGCCUCCAAUUCCACUUUUCCUAUUUCUGCACCUCCAGUAAUGGCUGAUGCCCCACCGUCUACUGGAAGUGUAUUUGAAUUUCAUUUAGCUGCAGCCGCUGCAGCUGCUGCUGGUGACCCAAGCGUCCUGGCAUCCAGGCUUUACCGGGCCCGAAGGAGCUCUAUGGACCUCGCUCUAGACGACAGCACUGGAACAGGAUCAGGUGGCUCUGGCACAUACAGUCGACUCCAGCCAGUGACAGAAGAGCUGUACGCAUAUAUCAGUCCUGAGCUCCCCUUACCUCCAGGAAGUCUUCUCCUUCAUCACACAGGUGUAACCGUCAAAGACAGAAGCCCAGAACCAUCUAGCGACUCUCUGGCCUCCUCCGAUGCGGGAGAGUUCCAAUCACCUCCUCCACCACCUCUCCUCCCUCAAUACGACUCCUCGGCCGCUCAGUCCAUCCCUCACUCGUCCUCCGUUGCGUUCUAUGAUUCAUCAGGGGGAGUGCCUCCCAUAGACACCCAUGGACAUCCACCCUCCAUGCAGACCUUUCUCCCUCCCACCCCAUCCUCCGAGCUCCCACUUGGGGGAACAUCAUCAACUCAGCUGGAGUCUCUGAUCCAAAGUGUCUGGGCGCGACAUGGAGGGGUGGUACCAGCCCAACCUGAUAUGACAUACCAUGAGUCAUUGCUGGCCAUGCAGGCCACUAACCCCACACUGCAGGCUCAAGCUUCUACCCCCCAGCAAAGCACCGGACCCCCUCUGGGCACCGCCACCUCCCAGCCAGCUGCCCCUGGAACCCCCCAGCAGGUUAUGUCGUCCAGUCAGUCUAACAGUUCAUCGGUUCAGAGCCCCAGCCACGCGUCUCUACCACAAACAUCUGCACAGCCCAGUGUCUCUCCGCCUACUUCUACCGUUUCCUUGGUGACCCCCCCUUGUCGGUCGCCAUCCCUUCCUGUUACCAUGCCGACAGCGGUCGUGGCUUCCCCUCCCUCUUCUCUGACACUCCCUGUUGGGGUGGUGCCUACUAUUGUUACCCCUCCUCCUCCUUCUCCUGUGCCCACACCUGUACCUCAGCCAAUGGCCACUGUGGUGCCAGUCAUCAGUGUGGUCAUCGACCCGUCUGAUACUCCCAUGGAAACCCCUCCCCAGUCUGCCUCUCAGUCUUCAGAGCUGUGCCAGUCCCAGCUACAGCCACCUCAAGUUCAGUCAUCUAUAGAGAGUGGCCACUCUGAGACUUCGGGUCUGAGUGACGGCAAUGAGGGAGGAGGGGGAGGCCGUCAUGAAGGGCGCUCCGCCAAGCGACACCAGAGACGAUCAGUUCGCAGUCGAUCACGCCAUGAGAAGAUCUCCAAGGCGAAACUCAAUGUUCUCAAUAUCUCCAAUCGAGGAGAUCGGGUAGCAGAGUGUCAGCUGGAGACCCACAACAGGAAGAUGGUCACCUUCAGGUUUGACCUAGAUGGAGACAACCCUGAGGAGAUAGCCCAUAUCAUGGUCCAGAGCGAGUUUAUCCUGGAGAGUGAGCGGGAGUCGUUCAUCGAGCAGGUCAGAGAAGUGAUACAGAACGCUGAUGAGAAAGGCCUGGAGAGGGACGUAAACAGCAAGAUAGCAGGUGACAUGGCGCAGCAGAUUCCUGUUAUAUCUGUCCCCAUGCCAGACAACCCUCCAGGUGAAACAGCACAAGUGGUUCACUCAGCAGGUCGCAAGUUCAUCGUCAGCCCCGUACCUGAAGCCAGGCUGAAGGAACCAGCCUUUCCCACCUGUCCCUCUCCUGCCCCUGCACCUCCUGUUGAAAUAACUCCAUCUCAGACUCCAGGCCAAGGUUUGGUGUUGUCCCAGUCUGCGGGAGCCAUCAGCUUACAACAAGCAUUCACCGAGCUCAGACAAAACCAGAAUCAGUUUGACCCGGGACCCAGCACCGCCCCAGCCUCCAUCCACUCCGCCCAUCCUCUACAGGCAGCGUCUUUACCUCCGCAGGCAAGCACCGUCAGUGGAUCUGCUCCUACUUUGGACCCUAUCGCUGGACUUGUCCCUUCUAAUUUAAACCAGGCAAAGGAGCAGGUCCUGGAUUCCUCCACCCCCUCCUCUUUACCCGCUGUCUGUCUCAGUCCUCAUUGUUCCUCCUCCCCUCCUUCCACUGUGGUGAAUCAGUCCAUCCUUCAAUCACUGGUACUUUCACAGACAGCCGUACAGGCUGUGUCCCAACCCCAGGGACAGGGGCAAGCACAAAUUCAGCCCCAGGCUUUCACACAGCCUCAGUCCCCAGCAACAGUUUCGGCUGUCAGUGCUACUUCAAUACCUUCCUCUUUACCACUGGCCAGCAUCCCUCCAACAAUGCUGACCUCCCCUCCUUCCUCCCAGACUGUUCCCCUUGUAUCAUCUCCUCCCUCCUCUUGCAUCUUUCCAGCCAGUGAAGUCCCCUCCGAUCAUCCCUCAGUCGCUCCCAUCUCUUCUGCUAAUUCUCUUACUUCCCCUGUCAUCCCCACGACCGCCAUCCCGGGCCCUCAGCUCACUCCCUCUGCCGCUUCCCAUCUCACUCCCCCUUCCUCCUCCUGCUCUGUGGGGCUUCAGCCAGUGACCACCAACGUUCCUUCAGUCCAGCCAACCUUAGUGCACUCCCAGCCGCAGACAACAGCCUUACCUGGACAGACACACUCUCAGUGUGGGGAAUGUGAUGCAAGGUGUGAAGCAUCUACUGAGUCCCAAGGCAAACCGGAUGAUAUCCAAGUUCUGGAGAAGAAGCUGCGGUCUCUCUUCAUGGAUCUUGGUGGAGGGGUGUCUUCCACACAGGGUGACCUGCUAGCUGCUGACCCUGCCUCUGGAGCAUCUGUGGGAGGUACCUCAUCCCCUAUGGGCCCCUGCUCUACUUCCACCACCUCUGUCACCACACCCGGCUCCAGCCAGCCAGCCAAUCCUCCUCAGCCCCCCUCCAGCCUAGCACUGGGGUCACUGGGGUCACCCGCCACAAUCCAGGGCUCUGGGACACCCAUCUCCACUCCUGCUCAGACUGUCAUCCCUGCCUCAUCCUUUGGCCAGACCACUCCAUCCAAAACUCCCUUAUCCAGGGUACCGGCCAGUUCUCCUCCUUCAGAACUCCUGCCAUCCUUCCCUGGACCUUGUCUAAUACAGUCCCAGCAACCUCUAGAGGACCUGGACGCUCAGCUGAGGAGAGCAUUGAGUCCAGAGACUGUUCCACACUCACAGGCUUCUCACAGUGGCAUAUCCUCAGCGGGACAAGGAAUUCCCUUCUCCCUGGAGGAUGACACUAUGUCCUCUCCUGCUCCUCCUCCUCAAGGUGGAAUUAAACUGGGGAGAUUUAAGGUUUCGUUGGCCACUGAAGUAACUCCAGUCCAACGUCCGGCCUGCACUGAAUCGUCCACCACCACCUCCUCUUCAUCUUCUUCCUCGUCGUCCUCCAGCCUCUCCAGCCCGGAGAACACACUCCACAAGGACUCCAUAUCUCCUCUGAGAGGGGGAGGAGGACAAGGUGGAGAUGUUGUGGAUGGACUUCCCAAAAGGACUCUGGGAGGGUCUCACCAACCCUCCCCUUUCACCUCCCCCUGCCCCUCUCCCAAGCCCACCACUACCAUUGGACGCUUCCAGGUCACCACCAACACUGAGGCCCGUGUUGGCAGAUUCUCAGUCAGUCGGGCCCAGGAGCAGAUCCUCGAGUCCAGGCAGAGUCCUACUCCAGCUGCCCAGGCUGCUAACGGGCCCAGUGAUCCUGGGCAGAGUCCGAGUCCAGAUCCCACUCAUAAAACCUCUCUGCCGAGCCUAAACAACAACUCCUUCAACAACUCCUACAUCAGUAGUGACAACGACUCUGAAUUUGAGGAUGAAGACUUCAGACGGGAAGUCAAUCGCCUCAGAGAUAAGCACAUGCGUGAGAUUCAGGCCCUCCACUCCCGCCAGAAGGAAGAAAUAGACUGUCUUUUCACCAGGCUGGGAAAGGUCCCCCCAGCUGCAGUACUCCCUCCUGUUAUUACCUUGACCGGCAGGAGAAGACGACCUACCAAAAGCAAAUCCUCCAAAUCUUCCAGAACCAGCUCCACGCACGGCAGCAAGAGUCCAUUACAGCAAGGCAGCACUUUAUCCGCCCAGAGCGUCCCAACCAUGUACCCCGGCCAGCUGGCUCUGUUAGCCCCAGGAGGAUUAGCCGAUUCAGGCAGCAGCACUCUGCUCCAACCCCUCAAACCCUCUCCCUCCAGCGACAACCUGUGUUCGUCCUACACCAGCGAGGCAGCGCUCUCUGUGCCCAGCUUGUGUGCUCCCACCCCAGGCUGUGUAAAGUUCAGCUGGGGUUCGGAGCGUUUGGCCUUCAAGCCUGGCGGCAGGAGGACGCGCUUUCUGAGUACGCCCUGCUUGGCUCUUUGGAAGAUGGUGAAAAAAGUCUGCCCCUGCAACCAGCUCUGUAGGACCAAUAGCACCAACGCAGUGAGCGGUUCAGGCGGUUUGGGUCAGAGCCAAGGGGGCUCUCAGUGUCUGCCCCCAAAUAUAUCAGCCCCCCACCAGAGGAAAGGAACAUUCACUGAUGACCUACAUAAACUGGUGGACAACUGGGCCAGAGAUGCCAUGAACCUCUCACAGGGUAAGAGGAGUGCCAAACAGCUGCAGCAGGCCCCGGCGCAGGGACACAGCUACGAGGCUAUCCAGUCAGCCAGUCUGAGCAGGAAGUACUCCGCUCCCGGCCAGCUGUGCCCGAGCAGCAUUGGAGGUUCCGCCCACCUCCCCACAAACCCCACCUCCGCUACCUCUAUGGCUGUCCGCAAGGGCUCCCUGUGCCACCCCCCCACCUCUUCCACCCCACCUCAACCCCAACCUCCCCAGUUCAUCCACUACACCCCCACCGCUGCCUACAGUGCACAAUGGUCCGGACCAGCUCACGGCCUGUCGAACCAACACCAGGCGCCGACGCAACCCGGGCCUCUGCUGGUCAGCACCUCCCAGCCCCUGGGCCCCUACCCCACCACAGUUGGCGGACAGGGCCAGAUUUCCGGGCAGGGGCCUCUCCAGGCUUUCCAUCUAAACAACGCUCUGCAGAAGUCAGUCAGCAACCCAGGAGGACCCAACCUGAGGACCACGUAGGGCUUGGGGUGAGGGCUUGUUUAAAUCACGGCCCGACUGGACUGGUGCGGAGUGGAGCACUUUGGGCUAGAUCGGCCAGAGAGGAUGGAAGAAGUGGAGGAGCGCGCAGAACGAGGAGUUUUACUUUACACAAACUGACCUGACCAAGAGGUGAGAAGGAGGAAAACAAAGGAAAUGAAAAGAAGACGAGAGAGAAAAUCAGGAAUGCGACGUCGCCACCUCCACAGUUAGUGUGAUGCAUCUCGCCCCCCCCCCGUGCUUCCAUCCACGUGUGUGAGAAGCUUUCACAAAUGCAGUCACACAAUCUCCCUUUCUGCUGCGUUUGACUGUGGGCUUGUCACAGCCAGCCAAAUGCUCGAGGAUAAAGGAAAAGACUCAUGAGUGCAAUGUUAAAAGGCCAAAGAGGUUUUGACAGGGUGUUGGACUGGUGUUAAUAACCGUUUGCGUGUGAGGUAAUGUGUAUGGGCUCUAACAGCUUGGUCACACGUGUUGUAUUUUGUGCUCUAAAUUGAGUGAACAGCUCUGUACAUGGAAGGGUAAGGUGAAGAGGAGAGGAGAGGUCCAUGAUAUUAUUAAAAACGGAGAAACUAAGAGUGUUGGUGAAUCAGCAGCUGCAGAGAUAUUUGGGCUCUUUGAACAAUGAUAGUAGAAAUAUGAGGAAAACAAGCAAAGGGGGAGAGGACAUGUUACAUUAGGUUUAGGGGGAGAAAUGUUAUGGCCAGCUUUUACAAAACCUCCUUUAGUCCACACAGCACCUCUUAUAGUUUCUUGCUGCAGCAAAAAACUUGGAAAAGCUGUUUUUUGGUUGUCAGCAGCCUUCUGUUGCUAGAAGUGUAAAUAACAAACUUCUAGCUUUCAGCAUUUUAAGCACUAAAAAUGUUCUCAACAACAUGCAACAGUGCACUUUUACCAUAAAAUUGAAGGUGGAAUCAAAUCCAUAAAGAAGUAACUGGUGGACACAGAAGGGAGCAUGGCUGGCCAUCACAUUAGUGCUCAGUGUCAAUAUCAAAGGAUGCACAAGAGGCUAUAUGGCUCUGAAAUCAAACAGUGGCAGCAGUUUGCAUCAUUAACGCUCACAAAGAGAUGGAUGCAAAUAGCAGCAAAUUGGAGCUUUGAUGUCAGGUAAGAGCACAGCGACUGAGUUCAUUACAUUUGAGUUCAGUUUUUGUUGCCAGGAAUUCUCCUCAAACUCAUUCGAAGCACAAAGAAUCGAGAACAAAUCAAGAACAGAUCAAACACAAGUUGAGAUUUUUGAACGUUUGGAGGUAAACUGACCUCGAGCCUGUUUAGUCUUGUGCUUUUCAACUUGAGAAAAAAACCUUUGACAGCCGCUCCUCCAUUACCUCCUGUGUGUUGUUCCUCCUUACUUCUUAGAAACCAUUCAAAGAGUUAGAGAGAGGUGGAGAUUAGAAAAGGAGAUGAAGAGUGAACCAAGUGUUUGUAUACAGUAACAGUCAAACACCUCAUCUGUUUCCUGUUACACUGCUUACAUUGCUGUGUUGCACCGUUGCUUAGAGUACUGAAUAGAAAUGGCAGAUUUGGCUCCUGCAUACUAAAUGCCUCUCGACCAAUCACAACUCCGUCUCUUCCUCCAUCCCUCUCUCCGGCUCUGUGUUGCCAUUUGAAGCAAUAACAACAGAAACCUUUUUGAAGGAAAAAAAAAAAAAAAAAGCCCAAACAUGAGAGAUCUCAGCGUGAAAAAGUGGCCUUGUUAUCAGAAUAAUAUCAGAGUCCCUGUACAGUUUGUGUCGCUGUUUAUUUUUAAGAGUGUCAGCUAUGAUGAUUCCAUUUUAUUGUUUCAUUUUUGUUUUGUUUUGUUUUUUGUUGGGUUUGUUGUGCUUGCUGCCCCCAGCUAGCAAUCUGAUACAAACACACACACACACACACACACACACACACAACGCAUGAGACAUUCAUAUAAAUACAUUGACCUGCAUACACACACAGUCAUGCACAGACUUAUGUAAAUACACACACACACACACACACACAGUAUUGGAGGCGUAGCAGCCAUUUAACCGACAUAGAUUUAUAGACUAAUGCCUCAGUUCUUAGUCUCCUCAUUAGGUUGGUUUCAACAUUUGGAUUGAAAUGAUUGCAAUGUACAUUAUUUUCAUCAUUAUUGUUGUUAAUGAUUAUUAUUCUAUUUAAAAAGAAACAAAAAACAAAAAUGUGUUCUGUCGAUGGACCUGUUAUACGCGCACAUCGGUGUACGAUGUGGAAACACUGUGAUUAUUGUUGUUUAUUAUUAGCAAAUGUUGUUGGACAACAUUAGUUUUAGGGUGAAAUGUCACAUAUUAAAAAAAAAAAAAACAAGCAGAAUGGUUUGGGGUCCUUUCACUUUCAAUUCAAAAAUGUGAAAAUUGAUAAUAACCCUCUUCUUCAAUAAUAGUCCUUACAUUCAGUUACUAAGGACAUAAUCACAAAAAAUGCCUUACCGACAACUAUUCAACCACAGUUUCAGUCGAGCGUUAUACUGUAACUGAUUGAACUGAAAGUCGAAACUGACCUCCAAGCCCGAUUACAAAGACAGACAGGAGUGAACGGCAGGAUAGUUGAUAUUUAGAUAAUAAAGUAAUGCUAGCUAUUUUUUUCUUAAUACAGUACUUAUAUAUCAGACACUUUAAAAUAGCCCUCCUCUUCCCUUUCUCCCUGGUUUUGUUAGAUGAAUGUGAAUGUAUAAACCAAUGGUGUCCAUUUUAUUGUACUUGAAAAAAUGAAAAAAGUCUGUCUUUUUAUUUUCUUUGAUCUCUUUGCUUCUCCCCCCCCCCCCCCCCCCCCUAGAACCUCCGGUGAACACUGGAGGUACUUACUAGUGCCUUGCAUCCUUCCUGUUGCUUCUUUUUGUCCAGGGUGGGGUGGAGGACUUGGGUUAAAGUAAGCACACUCGACAGCAUGUGUGGAGUCGCUUUGAAGUGUGGGCCUGGUGUUGAUAGGGCCUGGUGUUAGUGGAGCAGGCGUGCUGGAAGAUGAUUGGCUGUUGGUAGCAGCAACUGUGAUGCAGAAAAGUCUCCUUAAUUUGAAUAAACAAAUCUGCAUCUUCAGAUUUAAAAAAAAAAAUAAGAGCUGUUAACAGUGUGAAGUGUCUGGCAGAUGCACGCUGGGCUUAACCUGCACACGAGGUCUGACUGUGUCUAAGGCCCGGUUACACCACCAACAGGAUCAAAGGCUGAGUUUAUCAGUGCCAUUUUUUUCAGGGUUUUAAAUGUAGAUAAUGGGGAAAAAAGGGAGGGGAAAUAUUUUUUCAGUUUUUAGGAGGGAGUUGAUAAGGAUUGUAUUUGAAGCUUGGACCACUCUGUACUUAAGAGGCGCUGGCCCAGGUGCAGCAUUAAUACAGUGGAUUUGAAGAUAUAUUAUUUUUAAAUGCUAACUAAUCUCUAGCAUGAUACAGAUUAUAUACAUGGAAAAAUAAAUCGGAGGCAAAAAACAUCUGAAAUCAAUGAGGCGAGGUUUAAGAAACUCCUCUAAACUUUAUGUUUUGAUACUUUUCUUAUCGUACAUUAAAGCGUAGGUGCAGGCAUCUCUUCACUUCAGUUUCCAGUGAAAUUACCACAACUGAAACUGAAAUUGACCACAUUAAGUGAGCAUAUAGAGCCAUGACCACAUCCACAAAUACAAUAUGUUGCAAUGCAUUUACAGAUUUAGUCAAAAAACAUGUAUUGGGCCAGCAGCACUGCACUGUCCUUUUAACAGAUUUGGAUGGAAAUGCCUCCUCGUUUGAGAAUAGCUGCAAAAAAAAAAAAAAAGUAAGCAUCUGGAAAAAUCCUAUCCCCACUGUAUGUUUGUGAUGCUGCACUGUUGGGGUUUAACAGGUUUCACAGAAACGGCCAUGCAAACCAAAAAUGUUAGACCUGCGGGCGUCACAGUGCUAGAGGUGGUGUGUGUGUGAGACGAUGGUUAUGAUUGUACUGCGAGCGAUGAUGAUGAUGAUGAUGGAUGAUGGAAGUGAUUGGUUUUGAGAUUUAAGGCCUUGACACCCUUGUCCUCCUCUUUUUCUCUUUUCAUUUGUCAGCACAAAUGAAACAUAUCUGGUACAAACUUUGACAUUCACUUAAAAAAAAAAAAAAAAAUUUUUUUUUUUUUUUUUUGCUGGGAAUGGGUGUUCUGGGUUCAAAUAGAAAAAACAUGAAGCGGUUACUUUGUAAAAGUUUGUACAAAGAAAAAAACAACAACAUAGCUUUUGCCUGUUUUUUUUUGGUGAUAUUUUCCAUUUCUCAUGAAUAACAAUGCAACAUUUUUACUACUAGGCAAGUUUGGUUGAAGCUGUGAAUAAUCUUUGAGCCACUUUGCUUUAGUUCUGGUCAUGAUGAUUCUUGUUUAUCAUGAUUUUGUUAAGUCAAAACCUUUAACGAUGCCGCCGACUCAGUGCCAUUUGACUUUUUUGUCAGUGGAAAGGAAAACAUCAGAGGUGAAGAGUUACAAAAAAUGAGAGUGUAUUUACCUGCUUUUUACUCACUGGAGCUGUUUUGCUUGCCAGGUAACAUCCUGGGUUUUCACUUUGCGAUUGCUCAACCUCAAAUUAUUUUCCACAGUAGGAAUAUGAUCAUUUUGCUGUCUCUCUACUACACAUGUACUAUGAAAGGAAUGCCUUCUGUGCAAUGGCUGCAAAGCAAUAUUAUUUAAAGUCGCAGUAUGCUAUCAAGCUGUGCAGUUACAGUUAUUACACCGAUGCUGGAGGACUUGUGUGAAGUUUUUUUUUUUGGAGUUGUAGUGGAGGACUGUUACUAUGAAGGCUCAAGAGGUAUCCGGUGUGGGCACUCUUUUUUGGAGAGUUUCCUGAAGUGAAAGGUGGAUAAGAAGGAAGAUACUUUUCUCUUGUGGCACAAACAUUGUAGCAAUAGUUUUUAACUCACACACGUUUAGAAAUCAGUUUCUGUUGGUGUUUUUGCGUUUUCAGAACUCGCUUACCCUUUAUGCUUUUUACUGUAGAAGUGCCCACAUGUUUUUAAAAAAUGCCUUUCAUUGCACCGACAGAUCAACACAUACACACACACACACACACACACACAAAUACAUAUAGAUUCAUUCAGUGCAUCUCCUCGCUGUUUCACGUCGCUUGCUCCUGUGGAAUGAUGUCGAGUCUCGAGCACAGCAACAGUUUCUCAGACUGUUACUGCAAACUUUUAUUUCUUUUCAACAUGUUCAUUAUGUUUCUAUUCACUCCGAUGUUCUCACAUUUUUUCAUUAUUCUUUAUUUCUCACUUGUUUGAUCCGCAGUUUUAAUGUCUCUAGCGGCACCUAACUUAAGUGGUUUCAUUUUCUGUAUUGUAUUUGACGUUGUACAAAAGUGGUUGAAUAAAAAACAACAAAAAAAAAACAACACCUGAUGAAUGAAUGAAAGAAAAAAACAAAAAAAAUACAUGUAGGGAGUCAUUGGCAGCCUUUAACGGUAUGUUUUGCACUAAGUAUAGAGUGUUCAAGCUUCAUAUUAAAAAGAAACUUUGCGCUUUGCGCUACAAUACAAUGGAAUUUGUUACUUUAUUUGUAAAAACUUAAUAAAUAAAGUUGUUUAAAUGAA